AUGGAAUUCUACUUCCAGACUCUUAUCUGCAACUCUUGCUACUUCCGAAACACAAUUGUCAAUGGCGACCUGCGGUACUUUGUCUGGGAUGAUACUCCAGGCCUUGAUCCACUUGUUCUGGACGAAUCACAUUUUGAGAACAUGGUAAACAACAGUGCCACCUUUGCGAGGAGGUUCGAGGAGGAUGCACCAGUGCUGAAGAAGCUGGAUGACGAGCUGCUAAACCGGUCUUCGGUCCAGUUAGUUCCGGGCGUAUGGUGUCCAAACUUGGGUAAAGAGCAGGGGGGAAUUGUCAGGAUUGCUGAAAACCGAAUGUUCAGACACAGUUCUUUAGAGGCGGUGGCAGAAAAGAAGACAGGAAUUGGGAGCAUACCGAUUAGAGUUAUGAUGAUUGUGCGGCCACAAGACUAA